AUGGGAGGCUGUGCGAGCGUACCUAAGGAAUCUGACAUCGUUGAAGGUUCUGUCCCAAGUGACAAUGAUGUUGUUGAGUCAACGAAUGUAACGACAGAGACAGAUACCACAUCCACUCAGGAGAAGAAAGAAGAGUCUAGCGAAGAGGGUGAGACAAAAGAGGAAUCCUCUGAGGCAACCAAGGCCGAGCCAACACCAGAAGCUGUGAAGGCAGAUGAGACAGCUCCUAUUGAGACUGAGCCACCAACACAAGACACCACACCUGCCAAAAACGAUGAGGCACCUCUUGUGAUUCUUUGA